CUUUGGUCUUUAGUUUAUGAUUAUUGAACUUAACAGUUAAUGCUUUCAUGUCAGUAUUUGAUAUCUCUCUCCAAAUGAUGGUUAUGAUGAUGGUUAUGAUGGUUAUAUGUUUACUAUGGCAAAUAAUAUAACUGUAAUUUUAAUCAAAUAUGUAUAUUUUAAAAAAAUAUUUAUCAAAGUCACAGUCAUACAAAUAGAUCUUAUUGGCAGGAAAAAAACGAAAAUCCAUCAGAUUAAUUAAUGUUGUUCUCAUUGUGGCGUAUGGGGGCCCCCAGGGGCCUUGAAGAUGUUCCAGGGGUCAAUAGCAAAAUGGGGACUAAUGAUACUUUCACUAUAAUUCCAUACAUAAGUAAUACCAUGACAGAAUACAUUACUAUUUUGAUGAUGGGUCCCAUACACUUUCUCUGAUACAAAAUCUAAAAGCUAAUGUCUUAUGAGAUGGGGACCCUGGGACAAAAGCGUAUAAAAAGGGGAGGUCCAUGGUCUAAUUUCUGUAGGUCUACUUUAAUGUGAAAUAGUUAAAUAACCACUGUUGUAUUGUGCCUCUGGCAUAUUUUAGACACAGCUACAGUAUGGAAAAUAUUGCUGUAGCUUACCUCCAACAACAAACUGAAAAUGAUGCUAAAGAUAUGUAUGAACUUGCACACAGCUAGUAAGAUGACUCGGACUCUUCGCAGAACAUGUAAAGUUUGCACAAAGUAGCGUUGAUAUUAUUUUCACAGUAGGAGGGAUAAAAUAUCACUUCACAUCACCAACUCACAGGCUUUCGGACACAAAGGCGUCAUUUUGGGAAGGAUAUAAAAGGGUAAAAAGUCUGAAUUUCAGAUCACACAGUCAGUGAGAGAAUUAGAGUUGAUGGCAGCAGUCAGCAAUACAAACCAUAGUGGGAGGCUUUAUGAGGCUUUUUAGCGUGUUUGAAUAGUUUUCUUACAGAUCUUACAGCUCUGUCUUUGUGACUUUUUUAUUUCCUGCCAUUCUCUGAGAAAGACCCUCUGAUAUACUGAUAAAGGAAUCUGUGUCUCUUACACCAUUAUGGCUUUGGAGGACAUUUGUGGCUUUGAAGAGACACUUUUACAUCGCAAGUGGUUUCCUGCCUCGUAUUUGGAAGAUGCUGCUACGUCUUAUCAUACAGCUGACUCCUACAAUUUUGGAUUGAGACAGGAGAAAUCUGUUGGAAACAAUGGGACCCCGCUGCAUUUCUUGUUACCAGCUUUGCCAUACUCGACCACCUUUAACCAAAGACCCUCAUUUCCCGUUCCCCCUGCCAGCCAUUCGGUGACCGUCCGCAGGCCUUUUCCUCUGUCCCAUGGAACGACGACCUUGGGCUUCAUCUUCCAAGGUGGGGUCAUUGCAGCUGCAGACACACGAGCCAGUGCUGGGGGGCUUGUUGCCUGUCCAGCUGUUCAUAAGAUUACCCCGAUUCACUCCCAUUUAGUAGUCACCUCCUCUGGUAGUGGUGCGGACUGCAUGCUGUGGGAGAGAAUUCUGGCCAGAGAGAUCAGACUCUACCAAUUGCGGCACAGGCGUCGCCUUUCAAUCCGUGGCACUGCCAAGCUCCUCUCGUUUAUGCUGCACCCUUUUAAAGGGACUGAAGUGUGUGUGGCUCUUACACUGUGUGGCUGGGAUAAAGAAGCAUGCGACACUGACUGUGUCCAGAAGUCAGAGGACUCAUUCAGCCUAGAUGCUACUGCAAUUGCACAUUCUGCAUCUCCUCACAGGGGCCCUAAGCUGAUAUAUGUGUGCAGCGAUGGAGCCCGACUGCAGGGGGACGUCUUUUCUGUCGGCUCAGGCUCUCCUUAUGCUUAUGGAGUCCUGGAUCGAGAGCUAAGGUGGACUCUGAGUAAAGACGAGGCAGUCUCCCUGGCAAGAGAAGCAGUGUUCAGAGCUACUCACAGGGAUGCCUACUCAGGAAAUAAUGUGGACCUCUUCCACAUCACAGCCAAGGGAUGGAGCCAAAGAAAAAGAGAGGACCUGAAAGAGGAAUAUUAUAGAGACUUGGAAAGGAGAGCAAAGAGGGCUGAGGAAAGGAAAAGACUGACUGAAUUAGAUGCUUCACGAUGA